UGUGUCUGUGUGUCUGAGUUGGUCCUGUAGGCUGCAAGUUGUUUCUCUGAGGGGAAGGCCCACAAAAAUUUAAAGUCACGUUCUGAAGUCUGCCCCAGUUCUGUCCGGAUCAAGAGCCAUACCGACCACAGUUAAAAGGUGGCUACUGGCCGCAGACCUCUCUUCCGGAACGAAAGCCACGCGGACAGGUUGUUUCCGGGGGGUUGCCUGAGACUGGUGCCCUGUUGCGCCCCGCCCCUCACACGGCCACGUCCUACCGGAGCUGCCGGGCUGGGUCACUGAUGGAAUCAUGGUAUUACUUGGUUUGACUUCAAGCCAUUUGUGAGACAUUAAACCUUACGCUGAAAACGGAAAACAGAGUAGGAUCCUUCCUAGAAGGUCUGGGUUGUUGCUGAUGGCAGAAACCAAACUUAAUCCAGACUCAUAUCUAGCUCCUCAGAGUCUUAGCCUGGGCUGCGCUGACCAUGGAUGGUGCAUCAGCUAAACAGUAUGGCCUCUGGGAAGACAGUUCCAGCAGUGAUAUUUCAUCUUGCCCUGAAGCCUCACUGGAGACGUUGGGCUCACUGUCACUACUGCCUGACCAACCAACCAAAGCUCAGUAUGCCAAUGUUGAGGUAAACAACAGCGUUUUUAGGGAAGGAGGAAGUCCAGAUAGAUUCAGCCAGGAGGCCCUCUCUCAGAAUGGGCAGUUCCCAGACCCUCCAUUGUCUCUUGAUCCCACAGCAAGCCCAGUGGUACCUGAUGCCUCUGCAGGUGUGGAUGGUUUCCAUGACAACCUAAGGAUGUCUCAGGGAACUAGUGCUGAGGGCAGUGUUAGAAAAGAAGCUUUGCAGUCUCUCAGACUCAGUCUUCCCAUGCAAGAAACGCAACUGUGUUCCACUGCUUCUGCAUUGCCCUUGGAAAAUGAGGAGCAGAUCCGACUGCAGGCCCGGAAGCGCCUGGAAGAACAGCUGCUGCAGUACCGAGUAAAGCGCCAGCAGGAGAGGUUCAGUCAACCUGCAACAAAAGUGAAACUUUUUAGUACACUUGAUCCUGAGCUCAUGUUAAAUCCAGAAAAUUUGCCAAGAGCCAGUACUGUAGCUGUGACAAAAGAGUAUUCCUUCCUGCGUACCAGUGUUCCUCGAGGGCCCAAGGUAGGCAGCUUAGGGCUGCUGGCGCAUUCUAAGGAGAAAAAGAGUUCCAAAUCAAGCAAGAUUCGGAGUCUGGCUGACUACAGAACUGAAGAUUCAAGUGGCUCUGGUGGCCUAGGAUCCACUGCUGAUGCUGUUGGAGGUUCCCUGAAACAGAGUAGAAGCAGCACUUCAGUUGUGUCUGAGGUUAGCCCGUCACCUGAGACUGAUAACCGUGUAGAGAGCACCUCACUGACGGGGGAUAGUGUGUUGGAGGCUGACGGAAAUGAAAGUGACAGCUCCUCACACAGCAGCUUCUCUGCAAGAGGGGCCUGUAGUGUCCUGGCUAAUGUGGGCAUGCCGGGAGCAGCUUAUAUGGUUGAUGGCCAGGAGAUUUCUGCUGACGCCCUGGGUCAGUUUCCUUCGAUUAAAGAUGUACUACAGGCUGCAGCAGCCCAGUGCCAGGAUGAGAACCAGGAAGUCAACGGGGAGGUACAGAGCCGCAGAGACAGUGUCUGCAGCAGUAUGUCCAUGGAGAGCUCUCUUGCUGAAACACAGGAUGAAAUGUUGCAGAUUCUCAAAGAUAAAAUGAGACUUGAAGGACAGCUGGAGGCUUUGUCAUUAGAAGCCAGUCAGGCACUUCAAGAGAAGGCUGAGCUACAGGCCCAGCUUGCUGCCCUGAGCACAAGGCUGCAGGCACAGGUAGAGCACAGUCACAGCAGCCAGCAGAAGCAAGACUCCCUUAGUUCUGAAGUGAACACUUUGAAGCAAUCUUGCUGGGAUCUGGAACGGGCCAUGACUGACCUGCAGAACAUGCUAGAAGCUAAAAAUGCCAGCCUGGCAUCCUCUAACAAUGACCUGCAAGUGGCAGAGGAGCAGUAUCAGAGACUGAUGGCCAAAGUGGAGGACAUGCAGAGAAACAUCCUCAGCAAGGACAACACAGUGCAUGACCUUCGGCAGCAGAUGGCAGCCCUACAGAGUCAGCUCCAUCAAGUACAGCUGGAGCGUACAACACUGACCAGCAAACUACAAGCAUCACAGGCUGAAAUUACAUCACUGCAGCAUGCCCGGCAGUGGUACCAACAGCAGCUUGCGUUGGCCCAGGAAGCCAGGGUCAGGCUGCAGGGAGAGGUGGCCCACAUCCAGGUUGGACAGAUGACCCAAGCAGGCCUUUUGGAGCACCUGAAGCUUGAGAAUGUGUCCCUGUCUCACCAGCUGACAGAGACUCAGCAUAGAUCCAUCAAGGAAAAAGAGCGCAUAGCUGUUCAGCUCCAGAGCAUUGAGGCUGACAUGUUGGAUCAGGAAGCAGCAUUUUUACAGAUCCAGGAGGCGAAGACAAUGGUGGAGGAGGACCUCCAAAGAAGGCUGCAAGAAUUUGAAGGUGAACGGGAGCAGUUACAGAAAGUGGCAGAUGCAGCAGCAUCCCUAGAGCAACAAUUGGAACAGGUGAAAUUGACAUUGUUCCAGCGAGACCAGCAGCUUGCCGCACUUCAGCAGGAGCAUCUAGAUGUGAUAAAGCAGCUCACCUCCACGCAGGAGGCUCUACAGUCCAAGGGGCAGUCUCUUGAUGACCUGCAAACACGUUAUGACGAGCUACAAGCAAGGCUAGAGGAGCUGCAGAGAGAGGCUGACUCUAGGGAGGACACAAUUCACUUCUUGCAGAAUGAGAAGAUUGUUUUGGAAGUGGCUCUACACUCGGCCAAGAAUGACAAGGAGGAACUUGACAGAGGAGUACAGCAAUUGGAAGAAGAUACUGAAGAGACAUCAGGACUAUUGGAACAGCUGAGACAAGAAUUGGCUGUCAAGUCCAGCCAGGUGGAGCACUUGCAGCAAGAGACAGCCUCAUUGAGAAAACAGAUGCAGAAAGUAAAGGAGCAGUUUCUUCAGCAAAAGGUAAUGGUAGAGGCCUACCGGCGAGAUGCUGCUUCCAAAGAUCAGCUCAUUAGCGAGCUGAGAACCACAAAAAAACGGCUGGACUCAGAGAUGAAGGAACUGAGGCAGGAGCUAAUGAAGGUGCAUGGAGAGAAGAAGAUUGUGGAAGUAGAACACUCACGACUGCAAAAGGAGAUGUCCCUGGUUCACCAGAAGAUGGCAGAUCUCGAGGGGCAUCUUCAGUCAGUGCAGAAAGAACGAGAUGAAAUGGAGACUCACCUGCAGUCUUUGCAGUUUGACAAAGAGCAGAUGGUAGCCCUUACUGAGGCCAAUGAGACACUAAAGAAACAAAUACAAGAGCUGCAGCAAGAAGCCAAGAAGGCCAUCACAGAACAGAAGCAGAAGAUGAAGCGGCUGGGCUCAGAUCUGACCAGCGCUCAGAAGGAGAUGAAGACUAAACACAAAGCUUAUGAGAAUGCCGUGAGCAUUCUUAGCCGUCGCCUGCAGGAGGCCCUGGCUACCAAGGAGGCCACAGAUGCAGAGCUUAGCCAGCUCAGAGCUCAGAGCACUGGUGGUAGCAGUGACCCUGUUCUACAAGAGAAGAUUCGAGCUCUGGAGGUGGAACUGCAGAAUGUUGGCCAAAGCAAAAUACUGUUGGAGAAGGAGUUACAGGAGGUGAUCACAAUGACUAGCCAGGAGCUGGAAGAGUCCCGGGAGAAGGUGCUGGAGCUGGAAGAUGAGCUUCAAGAAUCCAGAGGCUUCAGAAAGAAGAUAAAACAUCUUGAAGAGUCAAAUAAGAAACUGGCUCUAGAGUUAGAACAUGAGCGAGGGAAGCUCACCGGCCUCGGACAGUCUAAUGCAGCUUUGCGGGAACACAACAGUAUCCUGGAGACUGCACUAGCCAAGAGGGAAGCUGACCUGGUGCAGCUGAAUCUUCAGGUGCAGGCAGUUUUACAGCGCAAAGAGGAGGAGGAUCGCCAGAUGAAGCAACUUGUUGAAGCCUUACAAGCCUCAUUAGAGAAAGAAAAGAUGAAAGUAAACAGCAUGAAGGAACAGAUGGCUGCGGCCAGGGUAGAAGCUGGACACAACCGCCGUCACUUUAAGGCAGCUACUUUGGAGCUGAGUGAAGUGAAGAAGGAACUGCAGGCGAAGGAACACAUGGUACAGACAUUGCAAGCUGAAGUGGAUGAGCUUCAGAUUCAAGAGGGAAAGCAUUCUCAAGAAAUAGCACAAUUCCAGACUGAGCUUGCAGAAGCUAGAACCCAGCUCCAGCUCCUACAGAAGCAGCUGGAUGAACAGAUGAACCAGCAGCCCACAGGGAGCCAAGAGAUGGAAGAUCUCAAAUGGGAAUUGGAUCAGAAAGAACGAGAAAUUCAGUCCCUGAAGCAGCAGCUUGACUUGACAGAGCAACAUGGCAAGAAAGAACUAGAGAGUACACAACAGACAUUCCAGACUAUCAAAUCUGAGUUGGAAAUGGUACAGGAAGAUUUGUCGGAGACCCAGAAGGAUAAGUUUAUGCUUCAAGCAAAAGUGUCUGAACUGAAGAACAACAUGAAAACUCUUCUGCAGCAGAACCAACAGCUCAAGCUGGAUCUUCGCCGUGCUGCAGCCAAGAAGAAAGAACCAAAAGGUGAGUCCAACUCCUCCAGCCCUGCAACACCCAUCAAGAUACCAGACUGUCCUGUCCCAGCCUCACUGAUAGAGGAGCUGCUGAGGCCACCACCUGCUGUGAGCAAGGAACCCCUCAAGAAUCUCAACAGCUGUUUGCAGCAGCUCAAGCAGGAAAUGGACAGUCUGCAGCGCCAGAUGGAGGAGCAUACCAUCACUGUGCAUGAGUCCCUGUCCUCGUGGGCUCAGGUGGAAGCUACCCCAGCAGAGCAUGCCCAUCCCAAGGGAGACACAAAACCACAGAGUCAAAACAAUGUUCCCAGAGAAGGGCUGGGCCAAUGACUACUUGUUCGCAUCACCACGUAUUUGUGCCUGCUGAAGGAAUAUUCUUUUGUCACUAUUAUUUAUUUGAUUGUGUGCUCUGAUGGUUUUUUAAGAGAUGAGAUUUAAAUUCCCCUUUGCAUUUUAUCAAGAAUUAAAAUAACAAUGAGACAAGGAUUAAAUAGUUAUUUUAAACAACUAGCUUUUCCUGUGUGAAAUGAUCAAGUCUUAAAGACCUCAGAGUUUGGAUCACUGGUGAGAUCUGAAUGUCUGUUUGAACAGUUACUUGCAGAAGGAAGGAUCUUAUGUGUGGCUAUAGACACACUUAAGGGUGUUGCCAGGAACCUGUUCUUAUCAGGCAAUAUAUACAGAGUGGGCUCAAUAGGCACCAGUACCUAGAGGUCUUUUCUUUUUCACUCAUUAAGACCUUUACUUUCCUACAGAAAUUUUUAUUUGAACUUUUUGUUUUUAUUUCAUUUGUUUUUCAAAUCAUCCUACCUAUAAAGGAUGUAUAUGUAAAUAUUGAAAGUCUUUUAAAAAGGCAUAUGCCUGUAUUAUUUAAAGACCUAAUUGUCUUACUGAUUGCCUUUUCAAAAUUUAAUAUUGAGAAACAGUAUACAUGUAGCUUUAGGGAUGUCAGUAAAAAAAUGUAUUUUAAGAAAUAUAACUUAUUUUCUAUGCAUCCUAAAACCAAAUACUCUUGCACAGAAAGAAUUGUGUUAAUAUUUUUAUUUCUAGGGGUCUUUCCUGUCAACAUCUCUGAAUUCUUAACACUGACCUCUCAGGUCUGUGGUUCCACUCACUUUGGCUUACCAACAGGCAAGGCCAGUCAGGUCUUGAAUUAGCAGGGGAUGGAAGAUCUCCAAGGUCUCCUCAUACUGACUUGACAUUUAGCGAGCCCAGGAAAAGAGCAGGAGACAAGGCAACCUUGGUCUGUGUGUGGGUUAUAGGCUGUAUCCAUUGUGUCCUAAAGAGGGUAUUAAUGAAUGGGGCACUGUGAAUAUGUCAGUAUAGUCAUUAGGAACUACCCUGGACUUGUAUUCAACACCGGUAUUACUAGGAAUCAGAAUAUCUGGGAGAAGGUGAGCAGCUGUGGUCUGAAAGACUGAAGGUUCAGAGACAGAAACCUUGUUUAAAGUUGGCACUAAAUAUGUGAUUUAUUGCCAUCUGCUUCCCAAACCAUGUACUAAUGCUUCGUAUACUGACUAGAAGUGUUGAAGUCUUUAAUGUUUGUGAAAGCCCAUGAAGAAAGUUUAAAAUAAAGUGGGUUUUGUAAUUCAUGACUGUAAUCACUUGGGAGGUAGAAUCAGGAGAAGGAUCAGUUCAAGACCAGUUUUCAGCUACAUAGCAAGUUUGAAGCUCAGUUACAUGAAACCAAAGAUGGAACAAAAAAAUGAUUUGAAAUAUUAAGUUAGAAGGGAGAGAAAAGUCUGAAAAAGGAAGUUCUGAGCAUUAGUGAUCAGCCCACGUAGGUGUCUCUUAUUGGGUUUCUUGUCUAAUUUGUGGAGAAUGAGUUAUUCUGUUGUAAUAUCCUAUUAGGAGAUUAAUUGGUAUGAUUAAAGUAGAACUAAUCACAAUGAUGUCUGGUGUUUGAAAAAUAUUCCCUAACAAGUAUUGUACCUUUUACAAUGUAUAUAGAAUUUGUACAGGGUUAAUCUUUAAAAAAUAAAAAUAAGCUUGAAAACAUUAU